GCGAGGUUUUGCCACGGCUCUGAAGUUUUGAACGAACUGAAUUUGGCUGAAACCACAGCGAGAAUCUGCUCUGAAGGCUUUUCUUUCUAACCCCCAAAUCCCACCGGACGCCAGAGCGCCGCGCCGCGUCCCAGAAGCACCGGUGUUACGACGGAUCACCAGAACGCAGGCGCGCGCCAUGGCGCUGGUGAUUCACUUCAGGUCGCCACUUCUAAACGGCGCUGCGCCGCGCUCCCGGUGUGCGUUGACUUUAGGAACAAGACGCCGGCGCAACGCAUCGCUUUAGCGUCCGGUGGAAUUUGGAGCGAUGCUCCUCCUCCGUGACCUGCUGCUCCUGCUGGGACUCCUCUGGCUCUGCUCAGGUGAGGAGCAGAGCGGCGCGGGGGACUGGUGUGAUAACUUCACGGACCUGGACCUGUCGCACUGCCUCCUGGGAACCAGCCUGUACGUGCGCCUGCUGCUCUACACCCGCUCCAACCUGGACUGCGGCCGGGAGCUCCGGCACCACCGCCCGUCCUCACAGCCGCUGCUCGACCUGCGCCGGCCCACCGCCUUCGUCAUCCAUGGCUACCGGCCCACUGGGGCCCCGCCCAUCUGGAUCGACCACAUCGUGCACCUGCUGGCGGCGCAGGAGGACCUGAACGUCAUCGUGGUGGACUGGAACAAGGGCGCCGCCAACCUCAACUACUUCACCGCCGUGUCGUACACCCGGGAGGCCGCCCACAACCUGACCGGCUUCAUCCGCGCCAUGGAGGAGGACGGGGCGUCCCUGAGCUCGGUCCACCUCAUCGGCGUCAGCCUGGGAGCUCACCUGGCCGGGUUCGUAGGAGCCAACCUGAAGGGACGGAUCGGACGGAUCACAGGUCUGGACCCGGCAGGACCCAUGUUCACCAGCGCCACACCGGAGGAGAGGCUGGACCCGUCCGACGCCGUGUUCGUGGACGUCCUGCACACCGACAUGGACUCGUUCGGACUGCGAGGGACUCACGGACACAUCGACUUCUACGCCAACGGAGGAACCGACCAGCCGGGAUGUCCCAAGACCAUAUUCUCAGGGAAGUCCUACUUCGUGUGUGACCACCAGCGCUCGGUCUUCCUCUACCUGUGCGCUCUGAACCGGACGUGCACGCUCACCGGAUACCCCUGCUCGUCCUACGGAGACUUCCUGGACGGCCGCUGUCUGCAGUGUGAGGCCUUCAGGCCGCUCUCCUGCCCUGUGCUAGGUUAUGAUGUGCGACGCUGGAGAGACGCUCUCCUGAGACUGGGACAGACCAAAGUGUUCUUCAGCACCACCAGCACACUGCCGUACAGGAAGCUCAGCUACAGGGUGGACAUGGUGACGUGGAACCAGUACCUCCGUUGGGGCGUGGUCCACAUCCGGCUCCACAGCGGCAGGAACGUCACCGAGACCCGGAUCGACCAUAAGCUGCUGCGGUUGGAGCAGUACACCUCCACCCGCCUGCUAGCGCAGUUCGAGGACGACCUCCAGCCCGUCCACAAGAUCUCCCUGAGGAUCAACACGGGGAACGUGAUCGGGCCGCGGUACAAGAUCCGCCUGCUCCGGAUCCGGUUCACGCCGCUGGACCGGCCCGACAGGCCUCUGAUGUGCCGCUUCGACAUCAUCCUGGAGGAGAACAUGGAGGUGGCGUUCCGCCCUCUGCCCUGCGGUUCUCGACACUGACCGCCGUGGACUCCCCAGACCUUCUCCCUGGCUCCGCCCCCCGGGGAGACCUCCACGGCUCCUCCAGCCGGGCGGAGGACUCUGAAGACCCCCUCAGACUCCUUCAGUCCUGAAGCCUUGAGCUCUGAGUUCGUGAGGAGGAAGAACAUGGGGUUCCACCAGCAGCACAGAACGUUCCUCCUCCUGCUUCACAGUUUCAGUUUGGAACUUUGACAGAACGACGGAGCUCCAGGUCACCAACAAGACUGUAGAUGGAGGGAACUCUGGUCCUGGUCCUGGUUCUGCUCCGGGUCUCGGUCCGUGUUCUCCUGGGACAGCACCCUAUGAACAUUAGCAACGGGAGAACAUGGACAACCUCCUGAACCGCCCCCGGACCGAGGCGGGGCAGUUGGAGAUCCUGCAUGAUCCCGGGACCAGGUUGUUCGGGGCUUCCUGCCCCUGGUUGGGCCCCCCAGGGCAAACAGGUCCUGGGUGACGGGCCGGACUGAGGUCAGCUCAAAACCCCCCAUGAGAGGAACAGAAUCAAAGGCCCAGACGUCACCUGGUACCCCAGCCGGGGCCCCACCCCGGAGCCCCACCCUGGACCCCGGAGUCCCCGGCCUUCUUGUCCCUGGGAGUCAGAAAAAAGUCACGGGUUCACAGGAGUUCACAAAAACCAGUCCACAUGUGUUAGGUGGACCUGGAGAAGGCGUUCGACCCCGUCCUUCAA